AUGGAGAGUACUUGUUCUUUAGCGGAGCUAGUAGAGACUGAUCCCAGGUACAGGCCAUUGAAGGAAAAAUUGGCUGGGUAUGAGCCGGGAUCUGACCAAUAUUUGUCCUGUUUGAUGGACCUGUGUCCGCUAACGGAGUGCCCAGAUUAUCAAACUUAUGUGAGGAAACAGGCUGCACCCGUCCCAGGAUCGCAGAAUGACGGUUAUAGUCCAAUCUAUAGAAAUACGCUUUCUCCAGACCGUUUACUUUCGUGUUUCGAUCGGAAAUUGGCUACAAUUUAUCAUCAUUUUUUGUUUUCUGUGAGAAGAUGGCCUAAUCAUGAUUGUCUGGGGUUUAGACCUUAUGAUGAGGAAUCAGGAAAAUUCUUGGAUUAUUAUCAAUUUUGGUCAUUUGAAGAAGUGGAGAGGAGAAGUCGUCGCAUAGGUGCCGGUAUCCUGUCUCUUGUUAACGUCAAGAGACGGAAAUCUUUGGGUUGUAACGAUUUCAUCGUGGCAAUUCUCUCGCACAAUAAGCCAGAGUGGAUGUUGGUAGAUCUCGGUUGCCAAGCAUAUUCUUUGGCUAAUACUGCACUUUAUGAGACCCUAGGGGUCGAUACUUCUCAUUAUAUCAUGAAUUUAACAGAAUCGCCAGUUUUACUUUUUGCUAAAGUGAAUAUGAGCAAAGUCAUUGAGAUGCUUCCAAAUUUAAAAUACGUCAACACUUUGGUAUGUCUCGAAGAUAUUGAGGAUGAUGAACUACGGUUGUUUAACGAAUCAUUAUUUCCAAUGGCUAAAAACUCCAGGGACGAAACCAUCAGUUUGUUCUCGUUGAAACAGGUUGAACGUAUUGGCAAGAUGAACGAGAUACCAGUGAUUCCACCCGCCCCCGACACAUUGUACACAAUCUCUUUUACUUCUGGUACUACGGGUCAACCAAAGGGUGUGGAGAUGACUCACGGGCACUGUGCUGCCGGUAUUGCCUUCACUUUUUCAUCGAUUGUUUUGCCCGAGGAUGCAAAGACGAGGCAAUUGCAUAACAUGUGCUUUCUACCUUUGGCGCAUAUUUUCCAAAGAAUGAUCGUUUCCUUUGGCCUUUCAAUGGGUAUCGGUCUAGGGUUUAUGCACUCUUCUGAUCCCGCAGUCCUGGUAGAGGAUUUGAAAAUUUUAAAACCAGAUAUUAUAGGCCUGGUACCACGGAUAUUGACAAGGAUCGAAACUGGUAUCAAGAUUUCCUUGCAGCAGUCCGCCAGUAAGAAGUUCAUUGCCAACAGUAUUUUGAGUGCCAAGAAAGCACGUCUUGCAGCCCAAGAUGGUGAAGAUCACUCUCUCAUGAAUAGGCUUGUUUACCAUCCAAUACUAAACGACAAGAUUCGUUCGUCACUUGGUUUUGAUAACGGAGCAAUGAUUAUCACAGGUUCUGCCCCAAUAUCACCCGGUACUCUGAAAUUUCUAAGAACUGCCCUCGACAUCGGUGUAAGACAAGGCUACGGUUUGACCGAAACUUUUGCUGGUAUAUGUCUGAGUGAAGCUCACGAAAAAGAUCCCGGUUCCUGCGGUGCAAUCGGUGUCAGCGUAGAAUGCCGUUUAAAAUCUGUACCAGAGAUGGGGUACGAUUCAUCUGAUUUGAAAGGUGAGCUACAAUUGCGUGGCCCACAAAUUUUCAAUAGGUACUACAAGAGGCCAGAAGAAACUGCAGAAGCGCUUGAUGAGAACUUAUGGUUCUCCACCGGUGACAUUGCCUCCAUAGAUCGCCGUGGCCGUCUAAGUGUCAUUGAUCGGGUCAAGAAUUUCUUUAAAUUAUCACAAGGAGAGUACAUCGCUCCCGAGAAAAUCGAAAAUGUAUACCUAUCGUCGUCUCCACUGAUUACACAGGCAUUUGUCUACGGCGAUUCUUACAAGUCAUACCUUGUCGGUAUUUUAGGUAUCGAAAUCGCCUCAGUUCAAAAGAUAUUGGGCCUUAAACACCCAGAGGUAAACGGCUUGCCACCAAGCAAGCUCAUCGAGGUAAUAAACAUUAGCAAACCUCUCAAAAAAAGUUUCCUGUUGACCAUUAACAAGUACGCUCGGAAUUUGCAAGGAUUUGAGAAACUUCACAACGUCUAUGUCGCAAUCGAGCCACUCAAAAUGGAGGACGAAGUUAUCACACCGACAUUAAAGAUCAAGCGUGCGAUUGCUUCAAAACAUUUCAAAUCGAUCCUCAAUAAUUUAUACGAGGAGGGUUCUAUAAUAAAAGAACCCAAGCUCUAA